CUACUUAAAAGAGUAUAUUCGCCCCAAUUUCAUUUCAGCAGCUCUAAAAACGACGAGUUGCAAAGUUACAUAGCUGAACAAAAUGGCUUGUGGGCGUUUCGGGGUUGUUUUAAUCAUCGCGUUAUUUCCGGUGGUCGUUCAGGGACAUAUCUCGGAUACCAAGAGGAUAAAUGAAAUGACCAGUUCCUUAGUGAAGUUGGAGAACGAAAAUUAUCUUAUUUCGGACAGCCUCGUCGAGUUGGACACAGCGCUAAAAUCGCAUGCUGCAGGCGUUAACAUCCCAGCAGAGACUGAUGAAACUGAAGCCGAGAUCGACGCGAUGAUAGACCGUCUAGAGAGCCGGGUACUGGCACUCCAGCGCUUCUUCGAGCGUGAAAAGCUGAAAGACACACCGGUGAAGGUGAUGGUUGAUGCCGUGAAAACAAAUAUGGAUGCAAAGGUCAAGAAAAAUGAUGCAGUUAUGAAGGAAAUUACGGAUAAUGUUAAGGAUGCCGUUAACAACUUUCAGUCCAAGCUUCUUGAUGUCAACAGGACAGCGAAUGUAGAAGUGAAGAUUCCAGACUCGGCGUUAUUCCAAGGUGGAAUCGGCGCGCCUUGUUCAGACUAUGGCGGUGAAUGUUCGGCCAGGGGGAGCGAGUGCAGGGACGGGAAAUGUCAGUGCAAGACCGGGAUCAGUUUCAGCCCUCGUCAACGCGCAUGCUUGGACCGUUGUCCGGAAUACGGUGUUACGUAUCAGAUUGUGCCCGAGCACAUUAUCCGGGGUUUCAACCGUCUUACAUUAAACGAUACAACACUGACGAAAUGUAUGGAAAGAUGCUCGACAGAAAGGUCGUUCGUUUGCAGGUCCUUCGAUUUCUUCCCUCGCUGGGAGCAGUGCUAUUUGUCUGCCGACGUCAUGAAGGACGUAGGUGAUGACGCGUGGGAGAACAACCCGGAAGGCAACCAUUACCAAAGAGACUGUAAAUAACUCAUCUCAGUAUUUUGAACGCCGGAUCACCACAGUAAACAUAUUGUGGGUUUGUCUUGAGAAGUUUAAACUUUGAACUUAAGCCAAACAUUAUGCUUAUGAAUGUUAUAACAGUAUUCAACCGUAUUUUAAAGUGCUAUGAUAUCAUCGACGAUCAAAACAAACUAUAUGGCCUAUGUUUCAAUAUUUUUUUAUUUUUUAUGAGCAUAGAUUGAAUAAAGGGCUUGCAUUUAUGGACUUUGUGGGUUAAUUUUCUCCUAGUUUGUCACAGGACUUCCAAAAUUGUAAUAAAGGUAGUUUCAUGACUUGAAGCCAUGAGAGUUCAAUCAUGUCAAAAAAAAUCCAGACGAUAUUGUUAUAAGCUUCGUUGAAUGAUGCUGUACGUAACACGUUAUUCAAGUACUGACAUUUAAUGAGUUUUGAUUUACUCUUCAUCUCAAUGCUGUUAUGCUGAACAUGUGUAUAGGAUACUGUCAAAACUUCCAAAUACAAUCAGCAUAAACUUCUUAACCCUUUCCCACUAAGAGGCAAAGUAAACAUGGCUAUGUGCAAACAGUAAAAAAACAUCAGUAUCUAAGGGUUGGAACUGAAACCUUUAAAACUUGGAUCUUGUUAGAAAGAGUUUUAAUUAAAUUUUACUUUACAAAGGGACUACACAUGCGUUUAAAACGUGUCUAAGUGGCAAAGGGUUGAAUCACAAGUCGGGAUGUUAAGACUCCCAAUUAUCAAAAGAUUAUACAAGCCCUUUUGGAACAUUUUAUUCAAUCUCCACGCAGAGUUGUCGUUCUUUGCUCUCACAAACAAUAUCACAAGAAAAUCCUGCCAGAUUUGGUAGGAUUAAUUUUAGUUUUGUAUGCAUUGUUCUAUGAAAAGAAGUAUCCUUUUCUGUUAUAUUUUGAAAAAUGUGUAUAAGAUUAGGUUAAUGGUAAAAAUUAAAAUACCUUAAUUUAAAAAAAAAAGAGUAAAAAUAACAACGGUUAAAUUAUUGUAGCAAGGCUAUCAUCACGUGGUUGGUUAUGAAGGCAAGGAUUUGAUCCAACUAUGCGGGUUGCAGUCUAAUCUCUGCGCGGAGGUUGCAUCCUUUUGUGUACUUAACCUGUACUGCAUCUGUUUACCAUAAUUACUUGGAAGAUACUGCCACUAAGUUUAGUACUUUAUGGGUAAAGAAUGUAAAAAAAUAGAUCGUUGUGAUACUCAAAACAUGAAGUUCUUCAUUUGAAAUUGCAAUAGACAAUAAACUAUAUAAGAA